AUGGUAGACCGCUGCCAGGAUAUCGGAGGUGAGGGGGUCUACACUGUUACUCUAUCAAAUCUGUUGGCGAUUGUGAUUCUCUCUCGUGGAAAGUGUGGCAUCUGCAAGGGCAGUUCUAUAUAUCUGAUUUCCAUGGCGACAGCUGACCUGCUGGUCAUUGUCUACAACAUCAUACUCAUAACACUGGCUUUCAAAUAUUUCCCAGUUUCUUUCCUGUUUUACACCGCUGUGUGUCGUAUAAACAUCGCCAUGGGCUAUGCCACUAAAGAUUGCUCGGUCUGGCUGACCAUCGCUUUCACCAUCGACCGAUAUGUAGCCAUUUGUUGCCACAGUCUGAGAGCAAGAUAUUGCACAGAGAAAACAGCAGCCUCAGCUGUAUGCAUUGUUUGCUUUGUGAGCAUUUUGAGAAACAUUCCAUUUCUCUUCAGAUACCAAUCUGUUGGAACAUGGUAUGGUGUACCCUGGGGUUGUGAUCUCAAACUAGAGUUUUUCACCUUGCCAGGGUGGGUGGCAUUUUUCUGGAUCCACCACCUGCUAAACCCAUUGAUCCCCUACCUCCUGAUCCUGCUGUUCAAUGCUCUGACUGUCAGGCACAUUGUGUUGGCAAAUCGGGCGCGUAGGGGUCUCCGAGCUCGCAGUAACAGGGACCAGAGAGGAGAUGCAGAAAUGGUCAACAGGCGGAAGUCUAUCAUUUUGCUAUUUGUUGUCUCAGGCAGUUUUAUAUUGUUGUGGAUGACCAAGAUCAGUGUUUUCUUACUGAUGGAGAUAACCAACGACCAUUUUUACCUGAAUUAUGAUCAUCCAGUUGCCAUCGCUGAUAUAUCCGGGACUGUGCUCUUCUACCUGAGCUCCUGUACAAACACAACCCUUUAUGCUCUGACCCAGAGUAAAUUCAGAGAGGAGCUGACGAGGGCCCUGAAAUAUCCCUUCACUCUCAUCAGUGAACGAAUUCCUGCAUUAAAAUAA